AUGUCGCGAGCCUUCGGAAAAGGUGCGCGUUCGGCCGGCGCAAAAGGUUUUGGGUCCCCUGCGCGCGGGGGCUUCGGCGGCUUUUCUUCCUCGAACAAUAAUGGCUUGUCCUACCUUACCGAACCGCCCGACCUCUCCUCCAUUUCCGAUGCGAACGUCGUCGUCUCCUUCAAGAAUACACUCAAAAAAGAUGCAACCACCAAGGCCAAGGCAUUAGAGGAACUCUUGGCAUACGUGCAGGCUCAUCCAUACGAGAACAAUGGUGGGACAGAGGAGGCAGUUCUGGAAGCUUGGGUGCAAAUAUACCCUCGUAUAUCCAUAGACAAUGCCCGCCGCGUCCGCGAACUCUCCCACACCUUGCAAUUCGAGUUGAUGAAGUCGGCUCGGAAGCGCAUGGAGAAACAUGUUCCCAGAAUCGUGGGCACCUGGCUUGCAGGCCUCUACGAUAAAGACCGCGCCGUUUCGAGGGCAGCAAACGACGGCCUUUCAUCCUUCCUUAACAGUCCCGGAAAGGUCGUUCUGUUCUGGAAGAAGUGCCAGACACAAAUCUUGACGUAUGCGACCGAGGCCAUUCAGGAGACAAAGGACACUCUGAGCGACGAGAGAUCGACGACGCCCGACGACGCCGAGGCUAAAUACCUGCGAGUUGUGGGAGCCAGUCUUUCUUUGGUCCUCGGCCUCUUGCAGAAGUUGGACGCGGCUGAUGUCCAAAAAGAAGAGGAGGCAUACGAAACGUUUUUCGCCGAGGAAAAGGUCUGGAAGAGCGCUCUCAUGGCCGACAACUCGGUUCGAAAGACGGCCUGCCAGCUGCUGUGGAUCUGCCUGGACAAGAGAUUUGAGAUGGUAUCCUCUCAAAUUUCUCGCUUGAAGAAGGUCUUUAUCGUGGAGGGUCUGAAGAGCAGCCAGAUAGGGUCCGCCAUCGAGUACACCAGGAUCCUCACGAAGCUGACGAACAAGUUUCCCGAAAUCUGGUCAAGUUCGAGUGACAAGAAGACGCCGAUUCACCGACUGAAUGGCUUCUUAGAAAAAGGCUCCCAGGCCAGUUCUGUCAAGUACUGGGAGUACCUUGAGCAUCUCAUUGCGGCCAUCCCCGCUGAGCACUUCACCGCAGACGCAUCCGCGGCUGCCUUGAAGGCGAUGAGAACCGGUAUCACAAACAGAGAAGAGCCUCGUUUCAAUGCCCCCACGGCUUGGACAUGCUACGUUCACGUAUCAAAGCACUUCUUGAAGAACGUUACGUCCGACGGCCCUCGAGCCAAGCUCGUCCAGGAGCACCUAUUCCCCCUGAUCGAGCACUUCCUAUUCCCAACCCCUGAAAAUGCGGCAUGGGAGAUUGGUGGUGCUGGACGUCUGGGUGUUAUCAGCGAGGUUUACGAAGUAUCCGCCGACACAUCGUCCCCAGACCUGCUCCAGGCGACUACUGAUAAGCUGGAAUCACUUUCCUCUGAAUUCUGCACCAGGAUAUCCAACUCACUACCCGAGGUAUCAUCAGGAUACGAAAAGUCCCAGGAGGCCAUUGCUUCCGAGGGUGAUCGGUGGUUCAACCUCGUUGGUCAGGUCCAGACAAAGACCAAGGCCUCCACAACAGGCCCGGCCAAGCUGCUCCUCGGCCCUUCCAAGGCCAUCAUCACUUGCUGUAUCAAUCUUCUCUCAACCAGGAACCUCAAGCCAUAUGGGGCUGCUGGGGUUCUGUACAAUAUUGGCAAGAGCGCCCCGCGCGUCUGGGAAGAUGCAGAAGCAGCCCAGGCCCUCGAGCAGUUUCUUUCGACACAGGGUAAGGAGCGUAUGGAAAUUCUGAUGGCUUCUCGAUCAUCAUCAGAUCUCCUGAGCUGCGUGUCCAUAUUGGGGUCUCUGCAAGGCCAGGAUGCGGCAUAUGCCACUAUUUGGAAGACAUGGAUUGAUGCGCUGCUCGGCUUGCCAGACGAGAACUUGGCCACCAAGGGAAUCGAACGCCUCAUCGCGAACCAACAUGCGUCGGCUCAUUCAAAAUCACACGAACAGCUUCAGAAAUUCUUCGGAACGAGAUGCUCCGGGAUUGUUCGGGGCGAGUCGGAUUCAUGGGGCUUAUUUGAGGCAGCUCUAGCCAAUGAUGCUGUGACGGAGUCUACGGCUAAACAGCUCGUGGACAACAGCCUCGCUGCUUUGUCGCAAGAUAAGGCUCAUUCGGCACAGGCUCUCCGAGCACUAGAGAUAAUCGCCAACAAUAAGCCUGGACUGCUGUCCCAGGAUGAGUCGACUCACACAGCUGUAGUUACGGAGCUGCUUGGGCUUGCCGAGCUCAACGACAGAGCAGUCUCGUCUCGCGCCACGUCUCUGAGAGCCCUGCUGGAACAACCGAGCGAUGGCACAUCACCUGUGUUCGCCAUCAUCCAAAGGAAUCUUGAAGACGCAGCACCGCAAUCGCUUGGAGUCGAUACGUUGGUGCAGCAGGCCCUGCAAGCGUCCAAGACCGACUCCGUGAAGAUUGAAGACUUAUUCCCGAGUACCAACAUCUGGAUGCAGCAGUUGUCAAACUUCCUCCAGGGCUCGCUAAACCCAUCGCUGUCCAUCACGAGCAGCCUGGGCGGCGCCCACUUCUUGGUUCAGCCCACGGAGUCGUCGCAACGCGUUCGGGUUCGCAGAGACCGGGAGGGAUACUCGAUCCCGGCAAGAAUGGCCUCGUACACAUCAAAGUUGUUGUCGUCCGACAUUUCCGUCUCCACUUUGCCUGAGAGUUUCCAGGUCGAACUGCUCUAUCUUCUUUGUGUAUCCGUCCAGAUCGUGUCUGAUCAGAUCACGCUUAUGGACGAGAACAAGCUCUUCAUGAAUUUGGACGCCGGAGACACUCUCAGCUUUGCGGAAGACUUUGUCUCCUCCACCAGAGUUACCAUCAAUACCAUUAUUGACGAGGCUAAGGGCUGGAGGGAUGGCUCUGAAGCCGGUUCAACCAAGUUGAUCAACGGCCUCAUUGCCAUCAUGACGCAGGAAACGAAGGAGCUCAACCCUCUGGGCGUCUACAGUUCCAGAGCGUUGAGUGAACUUCUUCAGGCUCUUACUGAGAAGCAUGGCUUCCCCACCGCUGGUGACGACAAGAUCAACCAGCUUGCCACGCUGAGGCCCACUCCGCAAACAAUUCUCUCAGCCACGGCGGUGCUCACCGGCUUUGGCGAGACCCUCGAGUCAUCCAAGGCUAUCAACAACCUCUGCAACCGUCUCGUUAGUGACGUUGCUGGCGCGAGUAUAGAGCCAGAGAAAGCCGAGAAGUGUCUCAUGAUCCUUGUGUUGCUUAACGCUUGCAUGCAGGUCUACGAGGUUGGCGAGAUUCCCGUGGCGAACAACCGUAUCGUCUUUGCUGUUCGUCAGAUCACAUCUUGGCUUGACGACACCCUCAACCUCACCCCAGCCCUGUCCGCAGAGAUUUGUCGCGCACUGCAAAGGUUGCUGCCCAGCAUGAAGGACGUCUACGGCCCUCACUGGGAGAAGACGGUCGAAUUCUCUACGGCGCUUUGGGCGAAGGCCUCGGACGACCGCCUGGACGCCUCGCUACCGUAUAUCCACACGUCCUUGAAGUUGAUGACCGCGCUCGAGACCCUUUCAGAACCCAACGACGAUUUGGAAGAUGCACUGAAGGAGUACGCCGAAACCAAGUCACUCUCACUCAUCGAACUCCUCAAACUGGACCGGGAGAAGGCCACGCAGCCCCUCGAGAUCGUCGACGCCAUCAUCUGCAGACAGGUCGACAAGAUCCCCCUCAAGCACAUCAGCGACCUCUCAGAGCUUUAUGGUCUCGUCGCGGCUGAAUCCCGGUCCAUCCAGACCGCUGCAUUCAACCUGCUCCACCGCGCCCUACCAGCACAGCAAGAAGAGCUCUCAGUCAACGUUCUCCUCGACAAGACAGAUGCUCGCCUCCCGGACGAGCUCCUCUCCCUGCUGCUCGACGCACCAACACUAGAACGCUACCCCGACGAGGUCCUCGCCCAGUUCCCGCUCCCGAUCCGCUCAUAUCUGCUCUCCUGGCACCUCGUCUUCGACGCCUUCAGCAAGGCCUCCCUCAAAGUCCGUAAUGACUACACGGAGCACCUCAAAUCGGAAAGCUACCUCUCGCCUCUCCUAGACUUCACCUUCGACGUCCUAGGCCACUCCGCCGCGCACCCCCUCAGCCUCGAGCGCGAGGGCCUCACGACAACGCACAUCACCUCCUACGACAUCUCCCUCGCCGACGCCGAGCCCGAAGAGCGCAACCUCCACUGGCUGCUCGUCCACCUCUACUACCUCACCCUCAAAUACACCCCGGGCCUCUUCAAGACCUGGUACCUCGACUGCCGCUCCAAGCAGACCCGCAUCGCCGUCGAGGGCUGGAUGACGCGCUACUUCUCCCCGAUCAUCGUCUCGGACGCCCUCGACGAGGUCGCCGCCUGGGCCGCCGCCCAAGAGGCCCCCGUCGACGACGAAAAAGAACUCGUCGUCAAGGUCAGCAAGGCCGGCAGGGAGAUCACGGCCGGCUACGAGGUGGACGAGAGCAUGGCCAGCAUCGCCGUCAAGGUGCCCGCGAGCUACCCGAUCGAGGGCGUCGCCGUCGUCGGCGUCAACCGCGUCGCCGUCAGCGAGAAGAAGUGGCAGUCCUGGCUCCUCACCACCCAGGGCAUCAUCACCUUCUCCAACGGCAGCAUCAUCGACGGCCUCUCCGCCUUCCGACGCAACGUCGUCGGCGCCCUCAAGGGCCAGAGCGAGUGCGCCAUCUGCUACUCCAUCAUCUCCACCGACAAGAAGAUGCCCGACAAGAAGUGCCAGACCUGCAAGAACCUCUUCCACAGGACGUGCCUGUACAAGUGGUUCCAGAGCAGCAACCAGAACACGUGUCCGCUGUGCCGUAACCCGAUCGACUACCUGGGUUCCGAGAAGCCGCGGAGGGCGUUGUAG